CCCCCGGCGGCUGGCCCGCCGCGUCCCCCAGCCCCGGCCUCCCGCGGGCCAGUGCCUGCCCGCAUCGGCUACUACGAGAUCGACCGCACCAUCGGCAAGGGCAACUUCGCCGUGGUCAAGCGGGCCACGCACCUCGUCACCAAGGCCAAGGUUGCCAUCAAGAUCAUAGACAAGACCCAACUAGAUGAAGAAAACUUGAAGAAGAUUUUCCGGGAAGUUCAAAUCAUGAAGAUGCUUUGCCACCCUCAUAUCAUCAGGCUUUAUCAGGUUAUGGAGACAGAACGGAUGAUUUAUCUGGUGACAGAAUAUGCUAGUGGAGGGGAAAUAUUUGACCACCUGGUGGCCCACGGUAGAAUGGCAGAAAAGGAGGCCCGUCGGAAGUUCAAACAGAUCGUCACAGCUGUCUAUUUUUGUCACUGUCGGAACAUUGUUCAUCGUGAUCUAAAAGCUGAAAAUUUGCUUCUGGAUGCCAAUCUGAAUAUCAAAAUAGCAGAUUUUGGCUUCAGUAACCUCUUCACUCCUGGGCAGCUGCUGAAGACCUGGUGUGGCAGUCCUCCCUAUGCUGCACCAGAGCUCUUUGAAGGAAAAGAAUAUGAUGGGCCCAAAGUGGACAUCUGGAGCCUUGGAGUCGUCCUCUAUGUGCUUGUGUGCGGCGCCCUGCCAUUUGAUGGAAGCACACUGCAGAAUCUGCGGGCCCGGGUGUUGAGUGGAAAGUUCCGCAUCCCAUUUUUUAUGUCCACAGAAUGUGAGCACUUGAUCCGCCACAUGCUGGUGUUAGACCCGAAUAAGCGCCUCUCAAUGGAGCAGAUCUGCAAGCACAAGUGGAUGAAGCUAGGGGACACCGAUCCCAACUUUGACAGGUUAAUAGCUGAAUGCCAACAACUAAAGGAAGAAAGACAGAUGGACCCCCUGAAUGAGGAUGUCCUCUUAGCCAUGGAGGACAUGGGACUGGACAAAGAGCGGACACUACAGUCAUUAAGAUCAGAUGCCUAUGAUCACUAUAGUGCAAUCUAUAGCCUGCUGUGUGAUCGACAUAAGAGACAUAAAACCCUGCGUGUCGGAGCACCUCCUAGCAUGCCCCGAACCAUGGCCUUUCAAACACCAGUCAAUAUCCAGGCGGAGCAGGCUGGUACCACUAUGAACAUCAGUGUUCCCCAGGUGCAGCUGAUCAACCCAGAGAACCAAAUUGUGGAGCCGGAUGGAACAGUGAACUUGGACAGUGAUGAGGGUGAAGAGCCUUCCCCUGAAGCGUUGGUCCGAUAUUUGUCAAUGAGGAGGCACACAGUGGGUGUGGCUGACCCACGCACGGAAGUUAUGGAAGAUCUGCAGAAGCUCCUACCUGGCUUUCCUGGAGUCAACCCGCAGGCUCCAUUCCUGCAGGUGGCCCCUAACAUGAACUUCAUGCACAACCUGUUGCCCAUGCAAAAUUUGCAACCGACUGGGCAGCUUGAGUACAAGGAGCAGUCCCUGUUACAGCCGCCCACCCUACAGCUGCUGAAUGGAAUGGGCCCCCUUGGCCGGAGGGCAUCAGAUGGAGGAGCCAACAUCCAACUACAUGCCCAGCAGCUGCUGAAGCGCCCACGGGGACCCUCCCCACUUGUCACCAUGACACCAGCAGUGCCAGCAGUUACCCCUGUGGACGAGGAGAGCUCGGAUGGGGAGCCAGAUCAGGAAGCUGUGCAGAGGUACUUGGCAAAUAGGUCCAAAAGACAUACACUGGCCAUGACCAACCCUACAGCUGAGAUCCCACCGGACCUACAACGGCAGCUAGGACAGCAGCCUUUCCGUUCCCGGGUCUGGCCCCCUCACCUGGUACCUGAUCAGCAUCGCUCUACCUACAAGGACUCCAACACCCUGCACCUCCCUACGGAGCGUUUCUCCCCUGUGCGCCGGUUCUCAGAUGGGGCUGCAAGCAUCCAGGCCUUCAAAGCUCACCUGGAAAAAAUGGGCAACAACAGCAGCAUCAAACAGUUGCAGCAGGAGUGUGAGCAGCUGCAGAAGAUGUACGGGGGGCAGAUUGAUGAAAGAACCCUGGAGAAGACCCAGCAGCAGCAUAUGUUGUACCAGCAGGAGCAGCACCAUCAAAUUCUCCAGCAACAAAUUCAAGAUUCUAUCUGCCCCCCUCAGCCUUCUCCACCUCUUCAGGCUGCAUGUGAAAAUCAGCCAGCCCUCCUCACCCACCAACUCCAGAGGUUAAGGAUUCAGCCUUCAAGUCCACCCCCCAACCACCCCAACAACCAUCUCUUCAGACAACCCAGUAAUAGUCCUCCCCCCAUGAACAGUGCCAUGAUCCAGUCUCACGGUGCUGCGUCUCCCUCCCAGUUUCAAGGCUUACCCUCCCGCAGUGCAGUCUUCCAGCAGCAGCCUGAGAACUGUUCCCCUCCUCCCAAUGUGGCACUAACCUGCUUGGGCCUACAGCAGUCUACCCAGUCACAGCAGGUGACCAUCCAAGUACAGGAGCCCGUUGACAUGCUCAGCAACAUGCCUGGGACAGCUGCAGGCUCUGCUGGGCGGGGCAUCUCCAUCAGCCCCAGUGCCAGUCAGAUUCAGAUGCAGCACCGUACCAACCUGAUGGCCACCUUCAGCUACGGGCACCGACCCUUGUCCAAGCAGCUGAGUGCUGACAGUGCAGAAGCCCACAGCUUGAACGUGAAUCGGUUCUCCCCUGCUAACUACGACCAGGCGCAUUUACACCCCCAUCUGUUUUCGGACCAGUCCCGGGGUUCCCCCAGCAGCUACAGCCCUUCAACAGGAGUGGGGUUCCCUCCAACCCAAGCCCUGAAAGUCCCUCCACAUGACCAAUUCCCCACCUUCCCUCCCAGUGCACAUCAGCAGCCACCGCACUAUACCACGUCGGCACUACAGCAGGCCCUGCUGUCCCCCACACCGCCGGAUUACACAAGACACCAGCAGGUACCCCACAUCCUUCAAGGACUGCUGUCUCCCCGACAUUCGCUCACUGGCCAUUCGGACAUUCGGCUGCCCCCAGCAGAGUUUGCACAGCUCAUCAAAAGGCAGCAGCAGCAGCGACAGCAGCAGCAGCAGCAGCAAGAGUACCAAGAAUUAUUCAGGCAUAUGAACCAGGGGGAUGCUGGGAGUCUGACUGCCAAUCUUGGGGGACAGAGUAUGACAGAGCGCCAGGCUUUACCAUAUCAAAAUGCUGACUCGUACCACCACCACCAUACCAGCCCCCAGCAUCUUCUACAAAUCAGGGCGCAAGAAUGUAUCUCCCAGGUUUCCUCACCCACCCCGACCCAUGGUUAUGCUCACCAGCCGACACUCAUGCAUUCAGAGAGCAUGGAAGAGGAGUGCUCGUGUGAGGGGGCCAAGGAUGGCUUUCCAGACAGGAAGAGUUCAAAUACAUUGACCAAAGGUUGCCAUGACAGUCCCCUGCUCUUGAGUACUGGCGGACCUGGGGACCCUGAAUCUUUACUAGGAACUGUGAGUCAUAUACAGGAAUUGGGCAUACAUCUGUACCGACAUCAGCCAACUGCUGCUUUCAGUAGAAAUAAGGUGUCCAGCCGAGAGUCUGUCAUAGGGAACUGCAUGGAUAGAAGUUCUCCAGGACAAGCAAUGGGGCUGCCAGAUCACAAUGGACUUGGGUACCCAGCACGCCCCUCAGUCAAUGAGCACCACAGGCCCCGGACCCUCCAGAGACACCACACGAUUCAGAACAGCGAUGAUGCUUACGUGCAGCUGGAUAACUUGCCAGGAAUGAGUCUCGUGGCUGGGAAAGCACUUAGUUCUGCCCGGAUGUCGGAUGCAGUUCUCAGUCAGUCCUCGCUCAUGGGGAGUCAGCAGUUUCAGGAUGGGGAAAAUGAGGAAUGCGGGGAGAGUCUAGGAGGUCAUGAGCACUCAGACCUGACUGAUGGCAGCCAGCAUUUAAACUCCUCUUGCUAUCCAUCAACGUGUAUUACAGACAUUCUGCUCAGCUACAAGCACCCCGAGGUCUCCUUCAGCAUGGAACAGGCAGGCGUGUAACAGGAAAUGGAGAGUUUGUGUACAGCUCGGGAAUGAAGAGGUUGACUUUAAACCAACAGUAUCUAGCAGCAUUGCGCCAAAUUGCCGUUGUGUUUCUCUCCACCCAGAGUGUCGUGGCUCCUUUCCUCACGUUUGGUUCAUCAGUGUGCUGUUCUUUGGGUUCUGAGGGGGUUUUGCCAUGUUUGCUUGUAUGACCAAGUCACCAAGGAAAUAAACAGGAAAUCCAUGUUCGCCACUUUUUGUGAAAG